AUGGACAACUGCACUUCUUUCACCGUGACACCACUGGAGCGGACACCCGAACAGAAGUUCAAUUUUGGAGCUUGUGUAACUGGCGUGGACUUGAAUAGCCUCUCCGAUGAGGAUGUCGAUCGUCUCAAAGCUGCCAUUUGGCGCCACAAGGUUGUCGUUGUAAAGGCUCAACACAAUUUGGAUCCAAAGAAGCAAUGGGAUCUGGUGACUCGACUCGAUCCAAAUGCUCGUGAUGGCCACAGUCAUGGAAAUCUCACUACAUUUCGUGCGAAGGGCGGACUCCUUGCACAAGGAAGGGAGGUUGUUGGAAUUCCCGGCGCCGAAAACGUUCGCUUAAUUGGCAAGGGCUUCCAAGGUGAGAACCACUUUGGGGUUGAAAAUCACACCAUCGAACGUGGACUCAGUAAUGAUUUCCAUGCCGUGCCGCCCUCCAUGGAGGAGUUUGAACAAGGCAUCACUCGUUUUCAGCGUUGGCAUAUUGAUGCGCCGCUAUAUGGGAAGGAUCCUGCGUGGUUCACAACCCUGCGAUGCAUUACUCUUCCCAAAGGGCCUGAUCUUACCGUCGAGUGGGCGGACGGCUCCGGUCAAAGUAUGAAGACCUCGCCUGGAAAGACUGCCUACUUCAGCACAUCGCAGCUCUAUACGCUGCUCUCCCCGGAAGAGCAAGUGUUGGUUGAUCAUAGCUGGGUUGAAUAUGCGCCUUAUCCGUACAAGUGGAUUGAGAAGUGCAAGGGUAAUGCCAAUGGCCUGGGGCUAGCUGAAGGAGGCGAGCGCCUCACGGAUGAAGAACUUGGCGAGUAUGAUCCGACUGCGGUCAAGAAGUAUCCAAUGAUUUGGGUGAACCCACUCACAGGCGAAAAGGCCUUCCAGGUCCAUGGAAUCUGUGCCAGAAAGCUUUAUCUACGUAGCUCGAAGGAGGAAGAGCCUCGUGUUAUAGAUGAUGUGGCCGAGAUUCGCAAGUUCAUUUUGGGUAUCCAGAACAGGAUCCUCAAGCCGGAGUACAUCUUGUUGGCCCCUGUUGAGGAAGGAGAUGUGGCUAUUUGGGAUAACUAUGGACUCUUCCAUUCGGCCAUUGAUUAUCCUAUUAGCAUGGGUCCUAGGUCCAUGCACCAGGCUAACAUCAGUGGUAGUAUCGGUCCGAGAGGGCUAGUACCGAUUCCGUCGGUGGCAUAG